AUGCCUUCAAACUACGAAAAGCUCUCCCACCCAAGCGGCGACACCAACACUCUCACAAUCCCCAACAAAGUUGCUGGCACCACAACCGUCAGCGAAACUCCUCGCAUGAGUCCAACAUCGACACCUCAAACAGACAAACUCAACCCCUUUGAUACCGACAUCGAAGCUAUGAUUACCACCCGAACCUCAGACUCAUGCAUGCACAAGACAUCCAGCAGCCCUAUGGUUAGAAAGACUGAUUGCCAGGUCUGGCCAGGAAAGGAUCACUGGAAGAAGCAAGCAAAGGCAGCAAAGGCAAAGAACCGUUGCACCUGCAUGGCUCAUCUCAGCCAACGAAAUCGCUGGAUUGUCAAGGGUCUCAUCAUUUUCCUUGUUGUCGGUAUUGCUGUUGGUGUCGGUUUCGGCGUCAGCAAACCUCUCAAUGCUCCCAUCUGGGGAGAUCAUGACGACAAGUAA